AUGUCUUGGAAAAUCACCAAGAAAUUGAAGGAAACCCACCUGGGCCCCCUUACGAGCACCUUCUCUCGAUCUCCAUCGACCUCAACCAUCACCGACAAGGACGAAAAGAACCAGCCUAGCAUUGCGGGAACUGUUACUCCGACGAACGAAGGCGCCAUCCCAUCCGAAGCCAUUGGCAGCGCCCUGAGCAUAGCUGGUUCAGUCCGACCCACGUCGGCCUCACAACACGUCUCCGGCUCUUACAUCAAUGGCAGCAAUCGCCCCCAGACCUCGGGUGGCGGCUUUACCAACAUUCCCACAAAUCACGGCCGUAUCUCGGGCAAGUAUAUGCCUUACGCACUUCUCGAUUUCGAUAAAGUCCAAGUCUUUGUUAAUUCCGUUGACGGUAACCCCGAGAACCCGCUAUGGGCUGGUCCAAACACCCAAUACAAGUUUGAUGAACGUGCCAACUUUGCCGACGACCAAAAGUCAAGCAAGAAGGACAAGGAGAAGGCUGCCGCGGCCGAAAAGGCGCUUGGGCAUAGCGGCGUCGAGUGGGUUGAUGUCCAAUAUGGUACAGGAAAGCUCAAGAUCGGCGUUGAGUAUGUCGAGAUCCGAGCCGGCAAGCUGAAAAUUGACGAUUUCGAACUUCUCAAGGUCGUUGGCAAGGGAAGCUUCGGCAAGGUCAUGCAGGUGCGCAAGAAGGAUACCCACCGAAUCUAUGCCUUGAAGACUAUCCGAAAGGCCCACAUUAUCUCUCGCUCGGAAGUCGCGCACACGCUCGCGGAGCGUUCCGUCCUCGCUCAGAUCAACAAUCCUUUCAUUGUUCCUCUCAAGUUCUCGUUCCAGUCUCCUGAGAAGCUCUAUUUUGUCCUCGCGUUUGUCAAUGGUGGGGAGCUCUUCCACCAUCUCCAGAAAGAGCGACGAUUCGACGUCAACCGCGCACGUUUCUAUACUGCAGAGCUCCUCUGUGCCCUAGAGUGUCUUCACGGCUUCAAUGUUAUCUACCGAGAUCUGAAGCCGGAGAAUAUCCUUCUCGAUUACCAAGGUCACAUUGCCCUUUGCGACUUUGGCCUUUGCAAACUCGACAUGAAGGACGAGGACCGGACCAACACUUUCUGCGGAACGCCCGAAUAUCUAGCCCCCGAACUUCUCUUGGGAACCGGAUACAACAAGACAGUCGACUGGUGGACCUUGGGCAACACCAACGAGAUGUACCGCAAGAUUCUCUCAGAGCCUUUGCAUUUCCCCACCGACAUCCCGGCCGCAGCCAAAGAUCUCUUGACUAAGCUCUUGAACCGCAACCCCGACGAGCGUCUAGGAGCUAAUGGCUCUGCCGAAAUCAAAGCCCAUCCUUUCUUCCACGCCAUUGACUGGAGGAAGCUUCUCCAGCGCAAGUAUGAGCCCGCAUUCAAACCGAACGUGGUCGACGCCCUUGACACCGCCAACUUCGACCCCGAGUUCACGUCCGAGUCUCCCAAGGACUCGUAUGUUGAGGGCCCCCUGCUUUCUCAAACAAUGCAAAACCAGUUUGCCGGUUUUAGCUACAACCGGCCAAUCGCCGGUCUUGGAGAUGCUGGCGGUAGUGUUAAGGAUCCCUCAUUCGUUGGCAGCCUCCACGAUCGCCGUUGA